AAGAGUUUCUUUGUGGCCUAAGAUAUGGUCUAUUUUAUGGAGAUCCAUUUGUUACUUAGAUGGUUUUCAGUCACUGAUGGAUUAAAUUUUCUAUAUGUAUCUGUUAUGUUGUGUCUAAAUUAUUAAUUGUAUUUUGGGGUUCUAUAGCUUCUUUUUUUGUUUGUUUUUCUUUAGAGAAUCUAUCCACUGGUGAUGGAGUUUUGUUAAAGUCAUCCAGUUUUACUGUGUUGUUGUCUAUUUGAUUCUUGAAAUUGAGAACAGUUUGUUUGAUGUAUGUAGAAUCUCCAUUGUUCGGGGCAUAAAUAUUUACAAUUGUUAUGUCUGGUUGAUGUAUAAUUCCCUGAAGCAGUAUAAAAUGUCUUUCUUUGUCUCUUCUGUUUAACUUUGGCUUGAAGUCCACUUUAUCUGAUAUGAGGAUAAUAAAUCCUGUUUGUUUACAAAAUCCAUGUGAAUGAUAUGUUUUUCCCAUCAUUUUAGCUUCAGUCUGGAUGUCAUUAUCUAUGGAGAUGAGUCUUAUGGAGACAGCAUAUUGUUGCAUCUCAUUUUUUAAUCCAAUCUUCUAGCCUAUGUCUUUUGAUUGAUGUGUUUGGGCCAUUUAUAUUCAAUAUUUUUAUUGAGAAAUGAUUUUUAUUCUAUGUCAUUUUGAGUUAUUUUUGGUUUUUUAGUUUGAAUUAGUUUCUUCUUUGAUUGACUAUUCUUCUAGUUGUACUUCCUCCCUUUGGUGGUUUUCACUUUUAUGUUUCAUUUCUUCAUGUAAUAUUUUAUUAGGUAUGUUUUGUAAUGCAGGCUUUCUAGUUGUGAAUUCUUUUAACUUUUGUUUAUCACAGAAGGUUUUUAUUGCUUCAUCAAUUCUGUAGCUUAAUUUUGCUUAGUGUAAUAUUCUUGGCUGGCAUUCAUUUUCAUUCAGAGAUUGGGUAUAUGUUAUUCCAAGACGACCUCUUAGAUUUGAGGUCUUGGAAUAAUAUAUACUGAUUUCAUUCCUUAUACCAUCUGUUACUUAGCAGAUCAGGUUAACUAUGAACAUUCUAAAAACCUUUCUUUGACAUUUCUUUCAGUGUGGUGUCAGUGGAUUCUGUUAUUAGAGCAUCUUGAUUUGUUUGGGAUGAUUUGUUCUUUUGCUUUUUCAUGUUGUUUGUGUGUCUACCCAUCUAUGAAUGUGGACUUGACAUAGUAGUGUUUCUGCCUUGUGGACUUAUAGUGUCCCUGAUAGUUUCCAGUACCUCACCAUUUAGGGUGGGUACAAAUAAUAUCAACAACCAAUGCAAACAAUAUACAGCAUUAAACCAAAUAGCUCCUGCUAUGACAUCUACAAUGUUAAUUGUCACAAUGAACAGAAAUAACAUGAUCAGUUAUUGCCUACAAUAAAACAGUAAGUUUGCAAAAGAGUUUACAAUUUCAAAUGGUGGAUAGGGAGACAGUAGAAGUGAUGUAGGUUGUAAUGUUUAUGAGGAAGAAGGAGAGAAGAUAGAAGUAAAGAAUUAAAGCUAGAAUGAAAGAAAGAAUAGUAGAGAUUGUUAGCAGAAAAAAGAAAGAAAGAGAAUGAAGGGAAACAGAUUAGUGAGAGAAAAAAUAUACAUAAGGUGAAAAUUUUAAAAAUUAAAAAUAAAAAUAAAAUAAUCAAUCAUCUUUGUCUUCAAAAUACUGGUCAAUGAAAAAUAACUGGCUUCAAAUAGGUAGAAAUGAGAAAAAACAAAUAUGCAUAUGUAUGAAGGUCCAUGAAUCAUUAAGAUCAUAAUUAAACAGAGGAAAAAAAAAAGGAAAAAAAGGAUCUCAAUGAAAAAUUAAAGAAUUUUUGUUUUUGGAGCUCAGAAUAUUAUCAGCUUCCCUUCUCAACAGUGUUACACGGGCUUGUCUGGAAUUUGAAGCUUGCCUCCACCCUUGGGGGCAGGGGUUGCUGGAGUGAGAGAGGUAAUCUCAUAGGGGAAACUCCUGGAGGUGGUUUAGGCCUAGGUAGGCUCCAGGCACUUUGAUUAAUGCCAGUUGGUCUGGAGAUUUUAAAUCAGUGCACCUCUAGGGCCCAGAAAUUGCUGGUCCACACUGGAAGACUGCACCAUAGGGAUCUCCCCUAAGUUCCACUCAUGUGGUGAACGAGUGAAUUCUUAGGCCACUCUGUCAUCUGUGGAUCUCAUGUUUCUUGGUCUCUGGUUCAGUCUGCAAACUCAAUUUCUUCUGUCCCUGCUCUUUCAAAUUCCCAGCCAGGCAUGCCUCUCCCAGCCAUUCCUGCAAGCAGCCAUAUUGGAGUGGAAGGGCAAAAGCAGUAUUCAGAGGGUUUAUCCUGGGAGUCAUUUGCUGUCACUAUUGUUCAGUUGCUAGGAGUUACUAUUGGAUUGGAUUAUGAUAAUAGUGCCCACUGCUAUUGCUCAGGAGAAUCAUGCACAAUGACACCAAAAGCAAUCUAUGCUGCUGGUAUAAAGGAUUUCAGCACUUGUAGUGUCGAUAAUUUUAAAUAUUUAACCUCAAAACAUGGCCUUUCAUGUCUUGAGAAGAAUCCUUUUGAUAUGCCAGUUCGGGUAGAAGCACAAAGGAAAAUAUGUGGCAAUGGAAUAAUAGAAGGUACUGAAGAAUGUGAUUGUGGCACUUCAAAGAAUUGUACACAUAAAGACUGCUGUGAUCCUUCAUCAUGUAAGUUAAAACCCUCAGCAGUAUGUGGCUCUGGAGAAUGCUGUACAGUACAGUGCAAGAUAAAACCAGCUAAUAUACUUUGUAGGAAAUCAUUUGAUUCUUUCUGUGAUUUCAAAGAAUUUUGUGAUGGGAAAAAUGCAUACUGUGUGGACAACACUUUUUCUCGCAACGGACAAGAGUGUGAUUCGGGUAGAGGCUACUGCUUUGAUGGAAUAUGUCGGUCUUUUGACAAACAGUGUCAAAAUUUAAUCGGAAGUGAUUCUAGAGGUGGUUCAUUUGCUUGUUAUGAGGAAAUAAAUUCCAGAAUUGAUAGAUUUGGAAACUGUGGCGCGGACGUUUGUCGUUUUCCUCAUAUGCUAUGUGGAAAAUUAGUUUGUACAUGGCCACAUAAGGAGAUAAUUUCAAGAGCAAAUUUUUCUGUAAUUUACUCACAUGUACGAGAUCAAAUGUGUGUAUCUACAUAUCCUGCUGGUCGGAAACCAGCUCAUGAUACGUUGACCACUUACAAAACUCCUGAAGACAGAGAUGAAACCUUUGUAGAAGAUGGCACCAUGUGUGGUCCUGACAUGUAUUGUGAAAGAAUGCAGUGUAAAGAAGUUCGGUUCAUUAUAGAUGACAGUAUUUGCAAUGCUACUAGAAAUUGUGAUAACCAUGGGGUUUGCAACAAUUUUAACCAUUGCCAUUGUGAGGAAGGAUAUACCCCUCCUGACUGUGCAAAGAAGGCUGGGGGAUUUGGAAGUGUUGAUGAUGGACAUGAAAUUAAAAUGGCUGGAAAAUCUGCAGAUAGAGGUCCUGGUAGUUCACAAAAACAACACUUUCAAGUCAGUUUGUACGUUUCCGUACCUCUGCUUAUCAUUACUAUUGCCCUUUUAAUUAAUCAGGAUAAAAUAAGAAAGCAAUGCUUCAGAGAGGAAAGUGAAGCUGACAGAUCUAUGGCAGAAGAAAACACUACCACUAGCAGCAUCAAGUCAUCCCCCACUGAAAACAACAGUUCCUAACUACCUUGAAUGCUAAUAUCUGAGAGAGAAGAAAGUACCAAAUCUAUCAUCAUAAACUGGCUUGAAUCAAGAAGGAAAAAACAAUCUCUCAGCUCUGUUGUCACUACUAAAGGGUUGAAGCUAUAAAAAAAAUAAAUCACCUUGCCCAAAA